CGACACGCGCGAUACAUAUUGGUGGAUAACACGUGGUGAUUGGUGCCAGUUAUCAUGAUACUCCGGUGUUUAUCAGCUGUUUUUUGCUGGUUCGCGAUUGUCCCCGUCCGGGGACAAUUGACUGGUGAGUGUCUGACCGACUGCCAAAACAUCCAUCCCAACUUCAAGAGUCCCAUCAUCAAUGUCACAGUCUCAGUCGGGAGAGAAGCUGUUCUGGCAUGCGUUGUUCAGGAGCUCGGAGGAUAUAAGGUCGCUUGGCUACGGGUCGACACACAGACGAUCCUCACUAUCGCAAGUCACGUGAUUACGAAGAACCACAGGAUUGGGGUGACACACAGUGACCAUCGUACAUGGUUCCUUCACAUUCGUGAGGUUAAGGAGACAGACAGGGGUUGGUACAUGUGUCAGAUUAAUACUGAUCCCAUGAAGAGUCAGAAUGGCUAUCUCGAUGUCGUUGUGCCACCGGAUAUAAUCGACGAUGAAACCAGCGCUGAUAUGAUCAUACGUGAGGGCAGUAAUGUUACUCUCAAGUGUUCAGCAACUGGGUCACCACGUCCCAACAUCACCUGGAGACGAGAGGACAACGACGGAAUAUUAGUCGCCACUGAAAAAAAAGCAAUGAGUAUCGAGGGCCAGAACUUCACUAUCAACAAGGUAAAUCGCUUGCACAUGGGGUCAUACUUGUGUAUUGCAUCGAACGGAGUGCCUCCCACCGUCAGCAAGAGGAUUGCAUUGAUUGUUCACUUUCCUCCGAUGAUUGCAGUCCAGGAUCAAUUGGUCAGUGCGAGAAUCGGUCAAUCAAAGGUCCUUACGUGCACAUCGGAGGCCUUUCCGAGAUCAAUAAAUUACUGGACAAAGGACAAGACUGAGAUAAUAGCACAAGACGGCAGGUACGAGCCAACCUUCGUCGAGGAUGGCUACGUAGUUCACAUGAAUCUAACAAUUCGCUCAGUGGAUAAAUCUGAUUUUGGUGCGUACAAGUGCGUGUCAAGAAAUUCACUCGGUGACACCGAUGGCACAAUUUCCCUCUACGAAAAUGAGAAUCCAGUGUACGAAACCAGUGAUAAUCCCAGACAAAAAGGAAAACUGAGGAAAAAUCCCAACAACUUACUGGAGGGUAAUCAGAAUAUGCUAAAAGAACAAGACUUGAAACUACGGGGGCGAAAGGAUAACAGCAAUGACAGCGAAGAUUACGAGGAUUCUGGUGCGUCAGCGGCAAAGUGCAGUGCUAGUCUGGCAAUUGUAGCAAUUGCAUCGGUCCUCAGCUUUCAUCACCAUCUCCAGCUCCAGGCACUUCAUCCUGCCUGAGUGGAUAAACCAAGUUCAUUCCUCGUUCCUUCAGAUCCACCGAUUGUGCGACUGCCUCCAACGAUGUUUAUAAAACAAAUCAAUACUUUUUGAGGGACUGUCUGUCGAUUCAAUUCCACUCUAUUUUCACUGCCAAGUACAAGGGAAUUCAUUGUGAUUCACCCAGAGAUAUCAACAAACGGCUCAUUUCAAAGACACGAUAAUACAUUUCACACAUCAACAGUUCACCACACGUACGCCUCACAUAUUCACAGGUAAAUGAUAACAUCUCCAAAUUUCCUCGAAUAUCUCUUAAUCUGAAAGAGAUAGCGAAUUUUUCGUCAUUACUCAAUUUCUAGGGCCGAAGAAGAGCCGUAAAAAAGAUUUUAAUGAAAAUUUUGCUAUCGCUCUUAGGUGCGGAGAUAUUCAUCGAUCAAGUCGAGUUGUUAAUCUUUAUAUUUUGAAUAAUUCAUUGAUAAUUGAUAAUGACAAUUAAUUCAGAAAGACACCAAUAAUUUUGAGACCUCGGGACAGUUUCCCCUUGGGAAAUCUGUCCACUACAUUGAAUAAUUCCUUGUAGAAAUAUAACGGGUUAAUUGUUGACACAUUUCUUUCAAAAGUGAAUAGACUUUAUUUGUGAGAUGAGGAAUACUGGGAAAAUAACAGGGAGUUGAGUGGAAAUUAUAAUUUCCGAGUAAUAUCGUUUUAUGAAAGCUUUAAGAUGUGCUACGAUACUCGAAACGUGUAAAUAAGACAUACGUCAAAUUCAGUGCGCGCAAAAAUGUGAAAUUCUAUAUAAAAAUUUAGGGGAAAGGGGGAAAUUCGAGUUGAGACAUUUGCACGAGUUUUUCCAAUGGGAUGAAUAUUAAUUGGUGCCUUAAAUCUGUUGAAUUUCAUCUUUAAAUCGAUUCUCAAUACUUCAAUAAUAAUUCACGAGAAAUUAAAUCCCUCGAGCCAUGCCAUAAACAGCCGUCUAGAUCGCAGUUAAUUAUUGAUUCGUAAAAACCCUGAAAAAUACUGAUUCUUGUAGUAGAAAAGAGCAUCUUUCGAUUUUCGAAGUCUAAUACCUCCGGGCUAUAAGAUGUGAACAAUCUAUUGAAUCAUCCGAAUACUAAUUGAAUUUUCAGCGAAAUAAAGCCGAAAAAUAAAUUUCCAUCGUAUUCAAAUUUUUUAUGGAAAAAUUUUUGAAUCAUUGGGAAAUAAUCUACGAUAGACUGCACUCGUUUCCUGCGACAUGUAAAUAAUAUUUUGGUAAAAAAUAAUUUUCCUCUCAGUGUAAAAUAGUUUCCAGUCUAUUAAAUUGCUCGAUAUCACGCUAAACUCGUAGAUUUUUGCCACUUCUCGUGGGCUGAGUUGAGCCCCAACGAAAUUAAAUAACUACUCAGAAAAAAACCGUGCAAAUGGCCUCUGAAUAAUUAAUUAAUGUACAGUAGAAGUAUAUGAGAAACGAAACAAAUUUAGGUGUCGUCUGUGUGCGAGUGAAUCGAUGUCGCAAAAUACCUCUUAUUUUAUAACAAUAUAGACGAUAAAUUAAUGGGCUCAGAUGGUUCAAUGGAUUUAUUUUAAUAGCACAGUUAAACUGACCGACUUGAGAAUGAAUUUGCCAUGGAGUACCACUAGACAAAUCGAUGAAUAAAGCGAUCGGUCAUGCGUAAAUUAUCGAAAAUUGUAGGACGAGGGGAGAGCAAUGAAUUUUGAGGGGUUGAACAGAUUAAGAUCCUUGACUAGGCGUGUCUCAGGGGUAUUUUACUGCAUCUGCUUGAUACAACAAAAGAUGGAAGAUAGAAAAAAAUUCAAUUGUCCUCAACUCCCUGACAAAUUUGGGAUGGUAAUGAUUCUCAAUGGUUAGUGUAUUUAUUUUUUAAUCCCCUUGUGUCGAGUCAUUCAGUGCGAUGAGUGGAUGGAUGGGAGCAAAUGCGCUUUGUAAAAAUGUAGAUUCGAGGGUACAUUCCACGAUAAAAGUCGUCACUUUUGCUUGACAUAUUUUCCCCUUUUUUUCAUUUCGUAUCCGAGUGAUUAAUAUUAUGGUUAAUUAUCUAUUUAUUUCGAUAACUCGCGACGACAGGAGAAAGUGUCAAAGGAAUUUUUUAUUUUACGAAAAUUGGGGGACAAUGAGCCCAUGAAUGUGAUGCUGAUUGUAGGAACCAUUUUAAUGUGCUACUACGCUUUUUUUUAGAUAUCAUUUAUCUAAUGUUUAGAAAAGCCCAUUAAUUUUCAAUGUGUAGAGACACGGGGGCUUUCCUCGUUUUAUUUACCGACACAA